AUGUCAUUUUCAAGUAAUUCUACUGGAUCUUGCCCGUUUUGGAAUUAUGAUGAUAUAACUGAAUGUGGAAGAGCCAAAUAUAUUGGUUUCGAUCUCCCGCUUGUUAUAUCUAUUUCCUCUUUAUGUUUUGUAAGCUAUAAUGUGUGGUUUCACUUUCACAAGUAUAACCAAUUGCACAUAAAGAAGCGAUCCUUGGUCGAUGAAUUGUUAUACAAUGAAGUGGAUCCCGAUGAAAAUGAAAGUCAGCCUCUGCUGUCUUCUGCAAGACCCAAUGAUGGGAGCUAUACACAAUCAGUAACAACAAACGAUCUUUUACGAGAGAAACACUUUUCAAUUGAAAAUAUUAAAUUCCUUAAACUCGAUGGUACUAAGCAUGGAGAACCUCAAAUUCUGCAGCGUUCAUAUAAUGAAAAAUUACGAACUACGGUAGAAUUGCUACUGUUAUUGGUUCAAUGUGUAUUGCACUUCUUUUUUCUACUUAAAUUCUCAAAAAACGAUUCUUUUGAUCUCACUUUUAGAAAUAAUUUUACCAACGUCGUACUAUGGUUAAUUUUGGCAAUCAUCUGUACUGUUCGCUGGUUAAAUAUCAACGAAACCCUUUCAGAGAUUACAAAGUAUGCUGGAAAUCUAUGGUCAAUAUCGUUUACUUCCUAUCUAAUACUUUUUAUCUCUACUACACUACCAUUCCGUUCAAUUUAUAUUCACCAUAUUGAAGAUUUAGUCACCAAAAGAUACUACCUUUCACAAUUUUAUGCUAACCUCUCUCUAUUCUUGCUUCUAUUUACAUCCAAAGUAGGAAAUAACCUACCCAUAAUUUACAAAACAGAUGAGACAAUCACACCAUCACCAGAGCCAACAUCCUCUGUUGCUACAUUUAUUAGCUGGAGUUGGAUAGAUCCUUUUGUUUGGAAAGCUCAUAAAACCAGUCUCGAAUUUAAAGAUAUUUGGGGAUUAAAAAUGGAUGACUAUUCAAUCUUCGUUGUUAAAGGAUUCAAACGUUUUAUAAAGACAAUGAACUCAAAGAAAACAUUCACUUUCCAAUUAUUGAGUUUCUUUCUUAAAUACUUCCUGUUACAAGGCUUUUGGGCAUGUUUGGAGGCCAGUAUAAGUUUCAUCCCAACAAUCCUUCUGAAGAGAAUUUUAGAAUACGUUGAAGAUCAGUCAUCUGCACCUUUGAAUUUAGCUUGGUUUUACGUUAGCUGCAUGUUUCUGUGUAGAUUCCUAGUCGCAGUUUGUCAAGGACAAGCCCUAUUUUUUGGUAGGAGAGUUUGUGUAAGAAUGAGAAGUAUUAUUAUCUCUGAAAUCUACUCUAAGGCAUUAAGAAGAAAAAUAACUUCAAACUCUACUGAAAAGGAAGAAGAAGAAGAAAAUCAAGCAGAAAAUCAUGAGAAUCCAUUGACUGCAAUAGUAGAGGAUGAUGAACCGGAGAGACAAACGGUUGCUUCCCUAGAUGAAUCAAAGAAAAGUGCUAAUUUAGGAGCCAUUAUCAACCUUAUGGCUGUUGAUGCAUUUAAGGUAUCAGAAAUCUGUGGUUAUUUGCACUUUUUUGUGGAGGCUGUUAUUAUGGUAUUCGUAGCUAUUACCCUUCUGUACAAAUUACUGGGUUAUGCUGCUUUUGUCGGUGCAGCUUUGAUUAUUGCAUGUCUGCCAUUGAAUUUGAAGCUAGCGACGUUCCUAGGUAAGUUGCAAAAAGAGAGUCUAGGAUUCACAGAUAAACGUAUCCAAAAAUUAAAUGAAACCUUGCAAGCUAUACGUAUUAUCAAAUUUUUUUCAUGGGAAGACAACUUUUCUCGUGAUAUUAAAGAGGUACGAGAAAAAGAAUUACAUUUAUUGUUGAAAAGAUCUUUGAUAUGGGCAUUUAGUUCCUUUGUUUGGUUUGUUACUCCUUCAAUUGUGACAAGUGCCUCUUUUGCUUUCUAUAUUUAUGUCCAGGGUGAAGUAUUGACAACACCUGUGGCCUUUACUGCAUUAUCUCUAUUCACUCUAUUGAAAACGCCAUUAGAUCAACUCUCUAAUAUGAUCAGCUUUGUAAUUCAAUCUAAAGUUUCGCUAGACAGAAUACAAGACUUUUUAGGCGAACAGGAUACUGAUAAAUAUAAUCAAUUGACUAUUGAUAAACUGGGGAAUAGAAUUGCAUUCAAGAAUGUUACUGUAACUUGGGAUAAUGGCGAAGAGGAUUUCAAAUUAAGAGACCUUAAUAUCGAAUUUAAACCUGGAGCAUUAAAUGUUGUAAUAGGUCCAACAGGUUCAGGGAAGACGUCUUUAUUAUUAGCUUUACUUGGGGAAAUGUGCUUGGAAAAGGGUGAAAUAAUUGUUCCGGCACUAAAUCCAAGACAAGAUCUAGUAAUUGAUAAAUUUGGAUUAACUAACUCUAUUGCCUAUUGUUCACAAGCGGCAUGGUUGUUAAAUGAGACAGUAAGAAAUAACAUUUUAUUCAACUCUCCAUAUAAUGAAGAAAGAUAUAAUGCUGUUAUAGAUGCAUGUGGAUUGAGAAGAGAUCUAAAAAUUCUUAAAGCAAGUGAUAUGACGGAAAUUGGUGAGAAAGGUAUUACUUUAUCCGGUGGCCAGAAGCAAAGAGUAUCUCUAGCCAGGGCUUUAUACUCAAAUUCCAAACAUGUUCUUCUAGAUGAUUGUUUAAGUGCAGUUGAUUCACAUACAGCCUUAUGGAUUUAUGAUAACUGUAUCACAGGACCAUUGAUGAGUGGAAGGACCUGUAUCCUUGUUUCUCAUAACAUUGCCUUAACCCUAAAGAAUGCGGAACUUGUGGUAAUCCUGGAAAAUGGAAGAGUGAAAGACCAAGGAACACCACUUGUGUUGUUGAAUAAAGGUUUACUUGGCGAUGAUGACUUAAUCAAAAGCAACAUCCUCUCCCGUACAAAUUCUUCUGUAAAUGUUGCCACCCCCUCGUCUACCAAUUUGGUCACGUCGCAACAGCUACAAAAGAAUGAUAUUGCUGACCCACAAGCUAACGAAGAACUUGCUAAGAAUGGGAAACUGGUCGAAGAAGAAACAAAAGCUGAAGGGGUGGUUAGUAUUCAAGUUUACAAAUGGUAUUUGACAAUUUUUGGUGGUUGGAAAACCGUGUCUUUACUGGGAUUAAUUUUUAUUACAACGCAAAUGGUAUUCAUAGCUCAGUCGUGGUGGGUACGUGCCUGGGUUUCACGUUCAUUAAAAGAGAAUUUAUCUGUUUUAACAAAUGGAAUCACUCAAUUUAGUUUUCCUAUCAUAAACGCAGUCAAUUUCAAAUCAGUUAUUGAAUCUCAAAAGUCCUCAAUUAACACUGUUCCAGACUAUGAACGCAAACCUCAUUCUACCUUUUACUAUCUCUCCAUUUAUUUUCUUAUUGGCCUUACACAGUCUUUAUUAGCUGCUAGUAAAUCUGUUCUAAAUUUUGUUCUGGGAAUUCGUGCCUCAAGAAAAAUCUUUGAAUCCUUAUUAUACAGAACACUACACGCUAAACUAGGAUUCUUUGAUGCGACUCCGAUUGGGAGAAUUAUGAACCGUUUCUCAAAGGAUAUUGAAUCUGUUGAUCAAGAGUUAACACCAUAUUUGGAGGCUGCAUUUUUCUGUCUUGUUCAAUGUAUUGCAACAAUGGCUCUAAUUACAUUUAUCACACCUCAGUUUCUCUCAGUGGCUAUUCUUGUUGGUUGUUUGUACUACCUGGUAGGAUAUUUUUAUAUGGCAGCUUCACGUGAAUUGAAAAGAUUUGAAUCCAUAAGUAAAUCUCCAAUUUAUCAACAUUUUUCUGAAACCCUUGUCGGUGUUGCUACCAUUCGUGCGUAUGGUGAUGAGAGCCGUUUCAUGCUGGAAAAUCUACAUAAGAUUGAUGAGAAUAAUAAACCAUUUUUCUAUUUAUGGGUAUUCAACAGAUGGUUAUCCUUCAGGAUCGAUAUGAUCGGUGCCUUCGUAAUAUUUGGUGCUGGUGUCUUCAUCUUAACAAAUAUCAAAAAUAUUGAUUCGGGUAUGGCUGGUAUCUCUCUAACAUAUGCAAUUUCCUUCACGGAAGGUGCAUUAUGGUUAGUUAGAUUUUACGCUGAUGUCGAAAUGAACAUGAAUUCAGUUGAGCGGUUAAAGGAAUAUAUGGAAAUAGAACAAGAACCAUAUGAUGAAUAUAAAGAUACACUUCUUCACGAUGAAUGGCCAAGUAACGGUAAGAUUGAAGUAAAGGAUUUAUCAUUACGUUAUGCACCAAAUUUGCCUAAAGUUAUUAAGAAUGUUUCCUUUGUGGUUGAACCUAAAACUAAGAUUGGGAUUGUCGGUAGGACAGGUGCUGGUAAAUCAACAAUCAUUACGGCUAUGUUUAGAUUCUUAAAUCCUGAAUCAGGUUAUAUCAAGAUUGAUGAUGUAAACAUUGCCUCGAUAAAUUUAACGAAAUUACGUCGCUCCAUCACAAUCAUCCCACAGGACCCAACGCUAUUUACUGGUACGAUAAAGUUAAACUUGGAUCCUUAUAAUGAAUUUACGGAUGAUGCCAUAUUUGAGGCAUUAAAACGUGUAAAUUUGGUUACAGAAGAAGAGUUACAAAAUAAUGGCACACAAACUGGUACUUCAGAGAAUGCCAAUAAAUUCUUAAACUUGGAAAAUGAAAUAACUGAAGGUGGAAGUAAUUUAUCCCAUGGUCAAAGACAAUUAGUCUGUCUAGCCCGUUCUUUGUUGAGGAACCCCAAGAUAAUUUUGCUCGACGAAGCCACUGCUUCUAUUGAUUAUGCUUCAGAUGCUAAGAUUCAAGAAACUAUCAGGAAAGAAUUUAGCCAAAGUACUAUCCUAACUAUUGCGCAUAGAUUAAGAUCAGUCAUUGAUUAUGACAAAAUUAUAGUCAUGGAUGCGGGUGAAGUAAAAGAAUACGAUCACCCAUACUCAUUACUACUAGAUAAAAAUAGUAAUUUUUACAGUAUGUGUGAGCAAAGUGGGGAAUUAGAAACUCUUAUUGAAAUGGCUAAAGCAGCAUUUGUGGAGAAAUUGAAUGCAAAAUAA